AUGGAAGCAAGGAGACUCAAAGUAAUUGAACAGCAUUUAUUGGGGCUUCAAGAAGUUUGCAUUGUGGCAGCUGGAAGAUCGCCAGUUCAUAGGAUCUUUGGUGAAUUAUCGGCAAUAAGUUCUAUCGAUUUAGCAGCAAAUACUCUUGCAGGGACUCUGUCUAAAUACAAUAUCAAUACAGAUAAUAUUCAAGAGCUUUAUAUGGGAAACUUGUUUUCCCCAAACCUUGGGCAAAAUCCAGCCAAACAAGUGGCAGUAAAAUCAGGUCUUAGUGAUAGUGCAAACUGCAUGAUCUUAAAUAAGCUGUGUGCUAGUGGGAUGAAAGCAAUUAUGCUUGCUGCGAUGUCGAUUGCUCAAGGAAGUGCUGAUUGUGCAGCUGCAGGAGGCAUGGAAAGCAUGUCUAAUGCACCUUAUUUACAUCCUAAAAUAAGAGACGGCUUGGUCAGAGGAAACCAUAAAGCUCUUGACUCUAUUGACCAUGAUGCAUUUAUUGAUCCCUUUUCUGGACACUUGCCACCUUUUAUAUCUGACAAGGUCUCAGAGAAAGUAAAUAUUUCAAGAGAAGAACUCGAUAGUUAUGCAGAAGAAAGCUAUAAAAAGGCUUCAAAUGCGUGGAAAAUGAAUAAGUUCGUCAAUGAAGUAAUCCCUAUCCAAAAUCAAAAAAAAGCUGGGAAAAUUAUUGAUAAAGAUAAUUUAAAAGGAGGAGAUUUUGAUAUAAAAAAAUUAAGACCAGUGCUAAAAAACGGAAAAACAACAGCUGGAAAUUCAUGUGGGCUAAAUGAUGGAGCAUCUGUAAUUGUGCUGUGCUCAAGGAAAAAAGCUAAUGAAAUGGGCUGGAAAGUACUAGCAACCAUAGUAUCAAUGGCAGAUGCUGAACAAGCCUGCAUUGAUUUUCCAUUGACACCUAGCUUGGCAAUCAAAAAAGCUUUACAAAGAGCAAGCUUGCCAAUAAAUCAGCUUGAUUUUAUAGAGAUAAACGAAGCUUUCUCAUCAGUGAUAGUCGGAAAUUCGAAGCUGCUCAACUAUGAUAUAGGAAAAAUAAAUGCAUAUGGAGGCGGAAUUGCUAUGGGCCAUCCAGUCGGCAGCUCUGGAUGCCGAAUAGUUGUAACUUUAUUAUCAGUCUUAAAACAAGAAGGCGGAAACUAUGGCUCAGCAGCGAUUUGUAAUGGCGGUGGAGGUGCUUCUGCAAUAAUUAUUAAAAAAGAAUAA